AUGGUCCUCGGAAUUGUGAUGAUGGCAGCAAUGCUGCCAACCAUGAUAGGUUUGAACGAGGCAACCCAGGGAAGCCGGGAACAGGAGGAAGCUCGGCGCAACGAGUCACGAAAGCAACGAGGCCAUUUAGUGGCCACGGUUGCUAUUACACAAGGGACACCAAAAAUACGUCAACAGGUUCACAAUGCCCAGGUCCAGGUGGGCCUAGACGGGAGGCUCUACAUCACCAAGCAUCCCAGCGCUUCUAUGGUACCCUUUAACGGCAGCUACUUUACACAUCCCGACUUUCCCCCCAACAACACUUCCGGUUUAGUGACCGUCAGUGGCGAGAAAAACGCCCACUCUGCGGUGGAUGAGCAAUACUUGACUAUGGAGGGCUGGGAGGGUUGGUUGGCGGUCCGGCUUCCGAAAGAUGAGGCGCAAGUUUUGGUAAAUGGCGCAUCGGCUAAUGGCGAUUCGGCUGAUAUCAAUGACGGUGAAACAUGGCGGCUAUAUUUCGACGGCAAUGAUGAUGGAGCUGGUCUACCACAGGGUUCUAAAGGGCUAGAGAUACGUCUAAAGCGAACUAUGGCCACUUCUUGA